AUGGGUGUGUAUUUGACUUCCAACCAAGAAGAGAGCAGUGGAGCACGGACACAGGUGAAACCAGAGGAGGAGGAUGAUGAAAUGACAUCUGCCACGUCAUCAUCACAAUUUGAACGAAGGCAUCGGAAGGAUUCAGAUACGAUUGCUAUUGGAAAUCCGGAAACCGCUAACAAGACAGUCCGUUUUCCCUCCGCCCAACUGACCAAUGAAGAUUUUGUGAGGAUUGAUUCAUGGCGGCACGAUAGAGGAUCAGAGGAACGAGAAUCCGGAAGGAAUUGGAGAAGCUUCUUCCAAUGCGGCUGCAUAGAAUCUAUCCGACACUGGUCCCGUCGACGUCAGUUCUGUUUGUGCAGUCUUUUGAUAUUACUGUUGUUCUUCAUAGCUGCAGCGAUAGUUUUGUUGAUACUGUUGCUGGUUAAUAGUGGCAACAACAACAACAACUACCCCAACGACGUUCUCACCACUCCACCCACUCCACCCACCCCUCCUCCACCUAUCACAUUAUCUCCAGGUUCCCCAUAUCUCUUUGCAUUUGUUCUGAAAACCACUUCUGAAUAUUACGAUUUUAACGUCACUAAUUUGACCUCUUUCACACCAGAAAACUUGGGAUUCACGUGGCAGAAUCGGAUACUUGGUUGGGCUCAAGAGUCCCAGUCCCUUAUAAUUUUCGAGCCAUCCACUCAAAAAAUCAAUAAAGCAACCUUAAAGUUCGACACGUGGCAGUGUGAUACCUGUAACAUUCUGAAAAUCCGAGGAGGUGUGGCGAAUCUACAGCCCUCUGACAUCAUCUACUGCUGUUUCCAAUGUAAAGGAGGGGGCGGAGCUUAUUGCUCCGUCUACGGCUAUCAAUUUCAAGUCUCAGAUCCACCGUGUGAAAUUCAAGUGUCGGAAACCAAUAAUUUGUACCUGGUGACGUGGCAAGCGAAUACCUGCACACUACAAACUACAACUCUCAAUGGAACCGAUGGGACAGUGAAUAUUGGUGCGACACAGAUGUGUCCAAAUACAACAACUUCUUCGGGUCUUCUGAAUCCGAUUCGAAAUUUGGUGACGACAUCUGAAGUUAGGAAUUUAGAUGCCAUGUGGAAGUUGGACAGCGUUAUUAGUCAGAAAGGAGACCUGUUGCUGUUUAACAGAUCGGAGACGUUAGAAAAUGUGAUUUAUUAUGGAAUGGAUGUUAAUGGGACUACGAAUUUGACAAGUACUGGAGCGAUGGGGACUCCAAUGAUAAUCUCUUCCCGCAUCGACGACGACAUCGAGCACCUUCUCAUCGCCAUAAUCUACCCUACCCAACUCUACAUAACCCGCCGAAACCUUAAAUCCAAUUGUGUCACAAUCCUCUCAGAACCCGAAUACGUUCAAUACCGAUUUGACGGCCAGUUUGGAGGCGGAGCUUGGAUUGGUGAUGACCUCAUGCUGUGGUAUAGGUAUAGGAGUGGAGCUGUGGUAGCCACGUUUCAAUUCAGCUGGCCAUCGGAUACGACUACUUGUCAUCAGAAACCCAAUUAA